AUGAACACCGAGGAAGGCGUACACAAUCUCCCAGACGGCCAGGAGCUGUAUACCAAGACAUGGAAGACCAGUGGAUCUCCACGUGCUAUAUUGGCUUUUAUUCAUGGCUUCAGUGACCACUGCAAUGCCUACGGCGAACUGUUUCCAACCCUAGUCUCAGCUGGUAUUGAGGUCAGGUCUUUUGAUCAGCGAGGCUGGGGCCGCAGCGUUAAACAACCCAGCGACCGCGGCAACACAGGCCCAACAAGCCAAGUCCUGGCAGACAUGCACUCUUUCCUCCAGAGCCUGCCGUCCCAGAAUGCACCCCUUUUCCUAAUGGGCCACAGCAUGGGCGGCGGCCAAACCCUCAACUACAUCUUCCAUCCAGACUCCCCCUACAACAAGGAUAAGACCAGCCGACCCAGCUUCGCCGGCGUGCUGCUGUAUUCCCCUCUAAUCGCUUUGGACCCUUCAACCCGCCCCUCGAGGCUGCUAGUCGCAUCCGGCAGGAUCGUCGCGAAGCUCAUCCCUCAUAUGCAGAAGUAUACGCCGCUUGAGGCGACACUGCUGUCCCGUGAUGAGGCGGUAUGUAGAGAUUUUGUGGCUGAUACGCUGUGCCAUGAUACGGGCACUUUCGAGGGGUUGGCGGGGAUGUUGGACCGGGGGAUUUGGUUGGAGGGGAUGUUUGAGGGGGCUGGGGGAUGGGUGGAGAGUGAGCUGCCCUUUUGGUUUGGGCAUGGUACUGGGGAUCGAAUUACGGCGUUCCCUGCUACGAAGGUGUUCGUGGAGGCAUUGAAGGCGAAGGGUGGGGAUGUGCAGUUUUGUGCUUAUGAGAAUGCUUAUCAUAAGUUGCAUGCUGAGUUGCCUGAGACGACGGAGAAGUUCUUUGCUGAUGUGAAGACUUGGGUUUUGGAGCAUGUUCCCGGGACGGAGGGUCGAGUGAAGCUGUGA